AUGGGCAGCCCCCGCUCCGCGCUGAGCUGCCUGCUGUUGCACUUGCUGGUUCUCUGCCUCCAAGCCCAGGUAAGGCGCACUGCGCGGAGGCGGGGGCCGGGCGGGCGGGGGCCACCGGUUGGCCACGUCGGGCAGGGGCGCGAGGACGGUCCUUGCGGCCGGGGCGCCAGCACUGGAAGAAGCCUUAGAAAUCCAGCCUCGAGACACCCGGGGCAGGGAGCUAAGGAGCAGAGAGGUAGCUCCUUGCGUCAAGUCACACAGCGAAUGAGUGGGGGGCAGGGGCCUGCGCUGGCCAGGGGUCUUGCUUCCCCGUUUCGAGCUGGCGGGGAGCCCCAGGGUGUUUCCAACAGGUGGCAUGUGAGGGAGCAGAGCCUGGUGACGGAUCAGCUCAGCCGCCGCCUCAUCCGGACCUACCAGCUCUACAGCCGCACCAGCGGGAAGCACGUGCAAGUCCUGGCCAACAAGCGCAUCAACGCCAUGGCGGAAGACGGCGACCCCUUCGCAAAGCUCAUUGUGGAGACAGAUACUUUUGGGAGCCGAGUUCGAGUCCGAGGGGCUGAGACGGGCCUCUACAUCUGCAUGAACAAGAAGGGGAAGCUGAUUGCCAAGAGCAACGGUAAAGGCAAGGAUUGUGUCUUCACGGAGAUCGUGCUGGAGAACAACUACACGGCCCUGCAGAACGCCAAGUACGAGGGCUGGUACAUGGCCUUCACCCGCAAGGGCCGGCCCCGCAAGGGCUCCAAGACGCGGCAGCACCAGCGCGAGGUCCACUUCAUGAAGCGCCUGCCCCGCGGCCACCACACCACCGAGCAGAGCCUGCGCUUCGAGUUCCUCAACUACCCGCCCUUCACGCGCAGCCUGCGCGGCAGCCAGAGGACUUGGGCCCCGGAGCCCCGAUAGGCGCCCGCCCCGCGCCGCUCGCCGGCGCUGCGAACCACGGAGACUUUCAUCUUGAUGGGAGACAGAGGGAGAAACUCAAGCAAGAUGAGAUCUGCGCUGCGGAAGGCU